UAGUCGGUUGCAGUCAUGUACACAAUAAAUUAAAGGAAGCUGUGGCUGAACAAGAUCGUGUAGACUCCCAUUUCUUACCGCAAGAUAGUGAUUCACAAAUAAAUCCAUCAAAAUGGUUCCUACAAAGAGUUCUAGUCAUUGUUUCGUACUUUGGUUCUUUUUUCUUAUCGUGCCUUUUGUGCGGGGACAAUCAGAAGGUCAACCAUGUAACAACGAUGAUGGCCAAGGAAUUUGUAGGCUAAUGAGGGAUUGCCCUUCUGGACUGAAGAUGUUAUUGCAGACUGGCAGACACAGUUACUCCAGAUGCGGUUGGAGUGGCAUUGAAGAAAUUGUGUGUUGCCCAAAUAUUGCUGGUAAUAACGAAAAUCCGACCACAUCACUAGACGUCGCCCAAAAUCGAUUACAAGAGAAACGAAAAAGUGUAAAAGCUUGCGAACAAUUUAUGAAUACUAGUGAACUAAAAAUUUCAUGGCAAAUAACAAAUGGUGUGGACGCCGAGGACGGGGAGUUUCCUCAUAUGGCUGCUCUGGGUUAUCUUCAGGAAGGAGAAACAGUAAUACAAUGGGACUGCGGUGGAUCACUAAUUGCAGCUCAAUUUGUUUUAACAGCGGCUCAUUGCAUUGUAACCAGAGACAAGGGUGCACCCAUCAAAGUAAGGAUGGGAGUUAAUGAUUUAAAAGAUGAAACGUCAAAUCACAAACAGGACAUAGAUGUAGAUAGCGUAAUGGUGCAUCCACAGUAUAGUAUAAGAGGAAGACAGAACGAUAUUGGAAUAUUGAAACUGAAGAGAAAAGCAAUUUUUGAUCAAUACGUUCAACCAGCUUGUCUUUAUACCGAAAAGACUGAUCCCGUAAAAUUAAUAAUCACUGGAUGGGGCGUCAUAAAUUCAAACGGCAUGACAAGUUGGAAUGCUUUACAAAAGGCAACAAUCCUUCCAUCAAAUUUGACUGAGUGCAGCUCUUUAUAUCGGAUUAGAAUCAACAAGGACGUAAAUGAGAAACAAAUAUGCGCCGCUGACAAUAAAAAAAUAAAUACCUCUGACACGUGUCAAGGUGACUCAGGAGGGCCGUUACAGGCAGAAAAUUUAAAAGAUUCCGGUCUGUACGCCAUAGUGGGAGUAACAUCUUACGGAAUGGGUUGUGGAAGUAAUUUUCCGAGUAUAUACGUGAGAGUGUCCGCAUAUCUGGACUUCAUAGAGUCCUUCGUGUGGCCAAAUUUAGAUACUUCGUAAAUCUAUAUUUUAGAUAGCUUAUUAUUUAUUAUUUAGUGUAUUUCGACUGUUAUUUUUUUCUUUAAAUUAAGACACAUAAUUUAGUAAUUUGCUUUAAUAAUAAAUGUGUGAAUGUCA